GUCCCCUCUGCACGCCGGCUGCUCUGAGGGUCGGCAGCGGUGGCGACAGCCCUGCCCAGGUACCCCUUCCAUCCCGUCCUGGUUGCCACCACUCCCCGCUCCUCUGCGUCCUGAAUCUGCAGGCGGCUUCGCUGAGGGACCCGGCUGAGAUUUCCAUGACUACAGAAGCACUUAUGGACUAUACCAAGAGCUGUGUGACCUUUGAGGAUGUGGCCAUUUACUUCUCCCAGGAUGAGUGGGACCUCCUUGAUGAGGCUCAGAGGCUCCUCUAUUUCAAUGUGAUGCUGGAGAACUUUGCACUUACAGCCUCGCUGGUUUGUUGGCAUGGAACAGAUGAUGAAGAGACUACUUCUGCACAGACUGUUUCUGCAGAAAAAGAGUCACCAGUCAGAACUCUGAAGGCAAGUUUGUCCAUCCAGGAAACUCUCCCUUGUGAGAUGUGUAUCCCAAUCCUGAAAGACAUUUUGCAUCUGGCUGAUGUACAUGGGCAGAAACCAUAUUUUGUUGGGACAUGUGCAAUCCCUAACAAGGACCAGAAGCACCACAGUCGAGAAAAUCGAUUAAAAAGAGACUUAGAUAGGGCCUCUUUUGUGAAAAACUGCAUAUUCCAUGUGUCAGGGAAUCCCUUCCUCUGUAGAAAGAUUGGAAAGAACUUCCCAGCCCAUGGGUGCCUUCUCCAGCCUCAGGUCAUAUCCAGAGAUGAGAAGCUAAAUAAAAUCAGUGAGUGUGGGGAGGUCUUUCACUGUGGAAAACAUCGUUACAAGUCAGGUGGCUGCAGAAAAGAUUCCAACUAUAAACAUGCUCUAGUUCAACACCCAGAAGUCUGCAUUAAAAAAAGAAUUUAUGAGUCUAGCAAAUGUGGAAAAGCCUUCCAAGACAAGUAUUCUCUUGUUCCGUUCCAAAGAGUCUGCACUGAAGAAAGGCCUUAUGAGUGCAAUGAAUGUGGAAAAUCUUUUAGCCAAAAAGCUACUCUAAUUAUACAUCAGAGAGUUCAUACUGGAGAAAGGCCAUAUAAGUGUGGUGAAUGUGGGAAAUCUUUUAGUCAAAGCUCCAACCUUAUUGAACACUGUAGGAUUCACAGUGGAGAACGGCCUUAUGAGUGUAGAGAAUGUGGAAAAGCCUUUGGGUGCAAAUCUAAUCUUGUGCGGCACCAGAGAACUCACACAGGAGAAAAGCCAUAUGAAUGUGGUGAGUGUGGGAAAUUGUUUAGACAGAGCUUCAGCCUUGUUGAACAUCAGAGAAUUCACACUACAGCAAGGCCUUAUGAGUGUGGCCAGUGUAAGAAAUCCUUUAGUCAAAAAGCCACCCUCAUUAUACAUCAGAGGGUUCACACUGGAGAAAGGCCAUAUAAGUGUAGAGAAUGUGGGAAAUCCUUUAGUCAAAGUUCCAACCUUAUUGAACACUGCAGAAUUCACACUGGAGAAAGGCCUUAUGAAUGUGGUGAAUGUGGGAAAUCCUUUAGUCAAAGAGCCACCCUUAUUAGACACCACAGAAUUCACACUGGAGAAAGGCCUUAUGAGUGUGAGGAGUGUGGGAAAUUCUUUAGACAAAACUUUAGCCUCAUUGAACAUCGUAGAAUUCACACUACAGCAAAAAAUUAUGAGUGUGACCAAUGCAGAAAAUCUUUUAGCCAAAGAGCCACCCUUAUUAGACACCAGCGAGUUCACACUAGAGAAAGGCCUUAUGAGUGUGGGGAAUGUGGGAAAGCUUUUGGGUACAAAUCUAAACUUGAUCGACACCAAAGAACUCACACUGGAGAAAGGCCUUAUGAGUGUGGGGAAUGUGGGAAAUUCUUUAGGCAAAGCUACAGCCUUAUUGAACACCAGAGAAUUCACACUAGAGCAAGGCCUUACGAGUGUGGCCAAUGUGGGAAAUCCUUUAGCCGAAGAGCAGCCUUCAUUAAACACCAGAGAGUUCAUACUGGAGAAAGACCAUAUAAGUGUGGAGAAUGUGGGAAGUCCUUUAGUCGAAGCACCAGCCUCAUUCAACACUGCAGAAUUCACACUGGAGAAAGGCCGUAUGAGUGUAGCCAGUGUGGGAAAUCAUUUAGGCAGAAGUCUGUCCUCAUUCAGCACCAGGUAGUUCAUACCGGAGAAAGGCCCUACGAAUGCAGCGAAUGUGGGAAAUCAUUUAGCCAACGCUCCAGCUUCUUUCAACACCAAAAAUGUCACAAUAUGUAG